ACUGGGCUUUGUGCAUGUCUUUUCACAGCAUCUGAUGAAGUGAGCUCUUGCUCACAAACACUUAUGCAUCUCUGAUUCAAUUAGUCUAUAAAGUGCAUCUUUAUCUUGCCUUCUGCAUAAAACAGCUAAACUUGAAGAGAAAAGAAUCAAACAAAUGAUCACUUGAAAUGCUUUUCGAGUGAUGCAUAGGUUGUGACUACUGAAGAAUGUUAAGUACCUCCUGUGUUGAUUUUCUUGGAUUUGGUAUUUUCCAAGAAAUACCAAGACAAAAAAAAAAAUGUUACGCAGCUUUAUGUCAUUCAAAAUUGUCUUCUGUCUGUACGGCUAUGGUCAUACUCAAUACUGUUAAGCUAGAUUUUCCAUUCACUGUCAAUUUUGGUUUUAGAGAGUGGGAGGGGAUGGUGGGUUAAUAAGAAAUUUGGUUUUGAUCUUAAUUAGGCUGAAAAAAAAUCAUUUUCCAAUGAACCAAAACAUCCCUAGAUCCUGCAACUGCUUCAUGGAUAGAGGUCUACCUAAAUUGAAGUAGCGGCCUGCUGAUUUCACGGGCAGAACACAGGGCCCAGCAGCCAUUUUGUGGGGGGAACACGGCACCCCCCCACACCUCUGACUGACUAUGGGACCCUAAUGGCUCAGCCCCUCACCUCUGAUAGGUUGCGAGGGGAGGCAAUUAUCUUGUUGGCAGCCCUUCGAGCAGGCAGUCCUCCCAUGCCUCCUCCUCCUCUGCCCUGAGGGACCAGCAUUUUGUUUUCAGCACAUUUUUUUUUUCCAAAGAUUUUGCGGGCAACGUCAGAUUUCAUGAAAUCCACAAAAUGGUGAUAUUGGUAGGUCCCUAUGCAUACAUUUAAGCUCUCGUUAACGUCACUGUUAAUAUGUGAGAGCAAAAAGACUGUCCAUAUAUUGGCAGUCAGUAGGGAAUCUACAGGAAGGCAGCUGAUCUGUCAGGCUUACCUGACCUUAGAGCAGUUACCUCUAUUUCCUAACACCUGUGGUGCAAGGGCAGACUCACUAGGAAUCCAUGUAGGACUUCGCUUUUAAAAAUGACAAAUUUAAGACAAUAAAGGAAAAUAUUUUGGGUUCAACAAAUUGAAGAUUUUUUGUUUGUUUGUUUAAGAAACUGCAUGAUGGUAUUGUUUUCUUUCCCUGAAUAUACAGCCUUUCACUGCUCUCCUGGGGUUUUUCACAAAUUUAGAGAAGUUUAUUUACCAUAAGUUUGACGUGGAAGUCCCUGGGAGGCUCUGAGAAUAUAAAAGAGAAGUUGAAAGCUCUGUGAACCAGUCAGUCGACUUCUGUUCUCACAGCUGAGAUGAUAUUCAAAUUCCUCCUCUUUUCUGGAGUCUGGACUGUUGCUUCAGGCUCUGUGCAGGUAACACCAAGCAAAGUCCAAUCCACUAAAGAAGGAAAAAAUGUCACUUUCCUCUGCCACUUGAUUUCAAAGCAUGAUGUGCUUCAAGUCACCUGGCAAAAAGAGAGCGGGAAGAAAGAAAACAACAUAGCAACCUAUAGCAAGAUAAAUGGUCACAAGAUCCUGGAUAACUAUGUUGGCCACAUAAACUUUACCCAGCGCGACUUAAAAGUCUCUGCCAUCACCUUUCAUGCAGUCACCAUGGAAGAUGAGGGAUGCUACAAAUGCAUCUUCAACACAUUUCCCUUGGGGUCCGUUUCUGGCAGGAUGUGUCUCGAGGUCUACGCAAUAUCAGAACCCAGAGUGGAGGCCAAGCUUGUGUCCAGCCCUGACAAUGCUGGAGAGAAGCUGCUGGAGAUGAGCUGCUCAGUAACAGGGAAACCAACCCCAAAGGUCUCCUGGAUCCUGUCCAGCCACUUUCAGCAGAGACCAACAGAGUAUUUCAUCAAACAUGCUAACCAGACUGUGACUGCUAUAAGCAGUUUCACGCACGUCCCCUCCAGGAUACUCUUGGAGGAAUCUCUCACCUGUGAGAUCCAACAUCCAUCUCUGAACAUUACCCUAGCCCUGCCCAAGGACAGGUUGAAACAGAGCCAAGAUCUACAUGAACCAAAGGUUAGAGACGUACCCAUCUAUGUGUCCACUGUUUUGGUUCUCUUGGUUCUUCUUGGCUGCUUCUGCCACUGCUGGAGAUGGCAACAUCAAAGAAAAGAAAAUCAAGAUCUGUGCUGGGUACUGCCCAUCAGCACCAGAGAUAAGAAGUCUAUAUGGUGCACAGACCAUGGUCAACCACGCCCUACCACACCUUGUGCCUCUGAAGACUUACUAGAUAGCUGACUGCUUGUUGUGUAUAAUAUAGGAGACCUUUGCUAUCUGUAGUGAAGUAGGAGCAUUCACCCAUAAUUUGACUUUUCCUGGGACUUUUGUUUUGUUCACAUGCCAUUACUACACUUUUUAUGAAGAAAGAAGCAAAAUGAGAUGUUUUAAAUAUCUAUUUAUUUUUAUACAUGGUCCAAUACAUUCAAUUUUUAUAUAGAAAUGAAGUUAUUUAUUAAAUUAUAGUUGCACAGCUGCAUACAAUA